AUGGCGCAUCCGCAGUAUCGCGGCGCCGUCGAGCUCGACACCUCGCCUCGGUCCCACCUCGACGGCGAAGUCUUCGAGAUGCCCGGCGACUCCGUGGUGCCCAGGGCAGACGACGAGCCGGGGAGAAAGCCGGUGCAGGCGCAGGACGGAGACGUCGUGCAGGCGAACCCGUGGCCUUUCUAUCUGGACCAGGACGUCAAAACGGAGUCGCGGGUCGACGUGGAGGAGCAGGAGAAGAAGAAGCAGCAGCAGCAGCAGCAGCAGCAACCUGGCAAGGCGGAGGCAAAGAGCGAGGAGCAGCCGCCGCUGGCGAAUCCGUGGGCGUAUUUUGGGCCCAUGUCGCCGAGUGAAGAGGACGGGCCCAAGGCUUCCGUGGCGGUUGCGGCUGGACCUGAUGUUGGUGGGCUAGGGGUCAAGGCUGAGGAAUUCCGAAAUGCAGAAGCCAAGGUUGAAGAUGUCACGGCAGCACCGCGGCCGCUACGCCUCAGCACUCACGGCGAACCAGCCGGAGACGGCGCCUCUCCUCCUGCUCCUGCCCCUGCCCCUGCAGCAGCGAGCAAGUCUUCUUCGCCGCCGUCUUCGUUUUAUGUCGCGCCUCUCCGGGUGUCGAGGAAGCAGAUCCCACCCGCCGGCGCUGCACCGGCGUUCAUACCGUACAGCCCGCCGGCAGAGGACGUCGCGCCGGUUGCGCCGCUUAACGUGAAGCACCAGAGGCCUUCUAAUGGUCCCCAGGGCGAUGCGACGACGGCGUUGCCGUAUCGGCCGUAUCGUCCCGCCGGAUAUGUGGAUGAUGCGGCGGCAGCUUCGACUCCUCCGGUGCCUCCGGUGCCUCCACAGCCUGUAUCGUCGCCUCCGCCGCCUCAGUCUCAUGGGCUUCCGGCCGUAGAGGCCGUUCCUCCUCACGGUGUUACUCCGCAAGCCGUUCCUCCUCCGGCGGCUCCUCCAGCUGCUCCCCAGGGGACGUCUUCGCAAUCGAUGAAUGCGGUGGGGUCCGCAUCUCCGGAUCUCGCUCAGCAACAGCAACAGCGACGGCAACAGGAUCAGCACCCGGCAGCAGAUUCAUCUGGUUCGGCAGAGGUACCCUUGGUGGGAGUGGCACCGCAGCAUCCACAUCAGCACCAUCAACCAAAUCAACCUCCGCCGCCAGCAGCAACUGGUCCUCCUCCUCCUCUCCCGCCUCCUCUUCCCCUGGCUGCUGCUCCCCCUAUCCAGGAGCCCGUUCCAGUGGUAGCUGUAGCAGAACAUCCACCCAUGGCCGCCCCAACUCCACGUCUCAGCUCUCAACCUCCGGUGCCUCCGCAUCCAGCACCGGCGGGUACUCCGUAUCAACCAUCACCGAGUCCUUCACAUCCAAGUCCUGUCAUGGGCUAUCCUCAUCCAUCACCUAGUCCUUCACACCCAAGCCCUGUAAUGGGCUACCCUCACCCAUCACCAAGCCCUUCACAUCCAACUCCGGCAAUGGGCUACCCUCCAAACUCAAGUCCUAUCCCAGGCCACCCAGCAUACGGACCGCCCCAUUCGGCGCCGACCUCGUCCGUUCCCAGUCCACAGCUGGGCUCUUUUCAAUUCCAGCCCAUCAACCAGGCACCCGCGCAACAUCUGUAUGCUCCCCCGAGUCCCACGCCUCCAGUGGCAUUAGCAUCGCAAGCUCCCCCGAGCCCGGCGCCUUACCCUCCUCCUCAGCACUAUACGCCUCCACCACCGACUUCAGGCUAUGAGAUCCCGCAACCUACCUAUGCAUCUUCAAAUGCGAAUCCACCUCCUCAGCCGCCGCGACCGGAAUUCCAGCAGGCAGCGGUGGGUGCUUAUCAACAGUAUCCGCAGCCGCAGCCGUCGCCAACUUAUGGGUAUGCUGGUGCUCCAAGACCAGGCACGCAGCCUCCUCCUGCUACGCAUCCUUCAGGAUAUAACGCACCAUACGGCGGACCGGCAAUAGCCCCUCACCAGCACCAAUAUCCAACCCAGCCUACUUAUGCGGCGGCUAAUGGUAAUAUCCCCUCGUCUCCAAACGUGCCGCAGGCUCAGUAUGCGUCUCCUCCUCUGCCGCCACGCCCAGCAACAACGCAGCCUCAGCUGUUUGUGGGGUUCAACUCUCAUAACGUCGUGUCAUAUCCCCCGCCGCCACAGAGAGUGUUUAGCCCGCCGCCUGCGGCUCCAGGCCAGGCUCCUCGGCGGUCGUCCGGAGGAAUGAGCAGUGGCCGGCUAUUUAGCAGCUCGUCGGCGUUGAAGUGGAUAGACAAGACGGGCAAAGGGCUGGAGAAUAAGCUUGAUGCUGUGCUUGGACCGUCUACCAAGCCACCGCCUCAGCCCCCUCGUCCUACUUAG